AAAGGGAUGAGCUAUAUGGCCCAUACCGUAUGGUGUCAUGCUCAGCAAUAAAAAGUGGGAGAAGAAGGAGGAAGAGUGGGGACAUUUGGAGUGAUGGCGUUUCUCUUCCCAAGUAACACACGGUGGAGCUCUGCUGUUCUGGAGGUGGCUGAACACCUGCCUGCCCAUGGGAAGUGGUGAAUUAAUUCCUUGUUCUCCUUUGCUUGCAGUGUUGUGACAGCUAUUUCUACAAAUGCUUUAAUGGAACAGUUGCGUUUAAAAUACCAACAAAGGCCAUGGAUUGAAACUCUGAAACUUGUUUAUUUUUGCAUGGAUAACCCACUUCGAAAGCCUGUCAGUAAUGCUCCAGAUGGUCUAUUGCUUUCUUGCAUGGAGAAGAUAGAGAGGACAUUAAAUGCUAAAUCCAUGUUUUCUGUGAUGAACACGUUGGAACUUUUAUCUAGACAAAAAGGACUUACUGUUCAUGUUAGUCCCAGUGGGACUGCCUGCUACAUAACAUCAGUGAUGUUUUAUGUAGAAAUUCAGCUGGAGAAGGAUGGAGAUGUGAUGGAUGUCAAGUUGGCUCACUUUGAAGAAGCUCCUGUGGUUUGUGAUGACUUGGUCCAGCUUCUAAGUUGCUGUUCCAGGUCAGGCCACCACUUCAAAAGUCUGAUGAAGAACUAUGAUGCCUUCAGCAAGAUUCUAGAAGACCUGUCAAAUAUGUAUCGAAUUCCAGGAAACAGGGAAAUGAAAGCUAAGGGAUAUCUUGCUUUGCAGGCCCUUGAAAAAGACCUUUAUUCAAUGUCUCUUCUAGGCAGAACACAGGAUCUAAACAGAGUUACUGAAGUACUUAAUGGAAAAGUAGGACACCUGGUGCCAAGAACUGGAGGGACCCCCAUGAACAUUGAAUUUUACAUUUCUCCCUAUCAAGCUUUGGAAGCAGAACUAAGUCAUGGUUCCCAGGUAUGUGGAACAAAAACAGUUGUAACUGUUGAAGGCACGGAUACACUCCACAAACUGCCUCUUUCUCCAUUAAUUAUAGAUUGUCAAGCUGGAGAGGACAGCAACCCUGAUUUUUUGCAACUGACUGAUGAACUUAGCAUGGAUUUGCCAGCUCUUUUUGUUCUGAAGUUUCAUCAGCCUGUUCCAAUGUCUUCAUCGAGUAUUGAAGAGAUACAGAGGCUCACAGGAAUUCAGAUUUCUGGCUUGAAGCUAGCUCCACUGUAUGAGCUAAUUGUUCAGUCUACUCUUAAAGAAAAAUGCAGUGAAGACUUGUCUACAAAUAGAUCUUGUUUCUUUGUGUCUCUUCCAGAUUGCCCAAAGCACUGUUACUUCAUAAACAAGGGCUCAGAAAAAUCAGAUUUUGCAGGAGCCUUGGUCAGUAAAAUCCCAUUUAGCCAUCCAAAGUGUGUGCCUGGCGUAAUAGAGAUUCUUCGACAUCAAGUGGCAUAUAACACUCUUAUUAGCAGCUGUGUCUCUGAGAGGCAUAUAAAUGAAGAUGAUUCAGAACUGUUUUACUUUGAAGUGGUACCACACAAGAACACCAGCUUUUCUGUCUUUUUCCGUCACCCCAUGAAAGAGAAUUUAGCCUGUGUGGUAAUUGAUCUUAUAACCUCUAGAGAAGUCCAAUGUCACCUUCAUUUAAAUCCCCAAGAUCCAACUCUAAAUUCUAGUGAUGACUUCAUAGCAAGAGCUGUGAAACGUUGCAUGUCAGUCCCAGUUGUCAUGAGAGCUGUUUUCAAGAAUGCUGCCAAGGUGAAAGCUGACAGUGAAAUACAAGACAUGGACACAGAAAAACAACCUAAUCCACAAUCGAAGCAAACUACAGAUUCUAACAGUCUCAAAGAGAACCUUUCUGGGGCUGGUCAGCAAGACUGGGUAGUGACAGAUAAGCCAAAUAAUACAGAGAGCACGGAAGAAAAUCUCUCUACAGCCAAGCUGGAAACUCUGGGUGAUAACAUGGAAAAAAAAGUAACCUCCUACUAUGCAGAGAAACUUUGUGGAGUAAAGUAGUUCUAUAGCUAGUAUAGAAGCUGGUAUGACAGACAAAAAACCUGAUGGUCUUAUAACCAAAAAUAAAGUCUACUUAGUAAUUUGUGAA